AUGGCGUCCCCGCCUCCAGAAGAGGAGGGGCACGGGCGCGAGCUGCGCCUCGUGGCUGAAGGGCAGGACGAGAGCUUCGUGGGAGACAUGGCUCCUGAGGAGCCCGAGGAGGGCGGAAAGGAGAGAGAGGAGGCAGGCGAGACGCUGUCUCCGCCGCAGACGGCGCGCAGUCGCAGUCGCAGCGCGAGCCGCGAGCGCGCGGCCGCGAUCCCCUCCUCGGCGUCACUCCCGGUUCACUACGGCGACGAUGACAGCACAGGGGACAACUGCGAAGCGGACGGCGAGGACGACGCCGCGGAGAAUGAGCACGAAGAGGAACGGAUGCAGAGAGAGGCGGAGGAGCCGGAGGAGGCUGAGGGCGAGCCGCGGAUGUACCGCUGGGGCGAAGACGGGACCGAAGACCAGGAGGAGGCGGAGCCGCAGCGGGGUGGCCCCGGGCGGGGCGGUGACGCGGUGGCGCCGGCCGCUCACGCGUCGAAGGACGAUGAAGGCGGGUCGCAAGGCACUGGAGGCGAACUGGGGGAGGGGGACGUGGCGGAGGGCGACGCGUAUCCCGCUGAGGCGAGGGGAGAAGACGGAGAUGAGGAGGAGGACCGAGGCGAGCUCGAUGGCCGUGGCGGAGACGAGAGCCUCGGGGAACAGGACGUGGCGCGGGGGACGCCCCAAGAAGGAGACGACGGGAGUGGCUCCGAGGACGAGACGCCGGGCGAGGCGGGGAUGCGACACGAAGCGGAGGAAGCGUCGUUCACGAUUUGCGGCGAAAAAGGGGAUGAGGCUUCCGCGCAAAACGUUGACGAUCGCAAAGUUUUCGUUGGAAACACCCCACUUGCCGUGAGAGAACCGAGCGUAGAGAAGGUUUUCGGCGAAUUCGGGCAGCUGAAUCGCAUUGAAAUCUUCAAGAAUUUCUUCCACCUCACCUACGAAGACCCCGAAUGUGCCAAGCGAGCCAUCGAAGAGCUCAACGACAAAGAAGUCUGGGGUGCACAGAUCGUAGUGGAGCCGCUGCGUCCAGGGGCAGCUUCGCAGAGGCCGCCGGGGCCCUCAUCCUCGUCGCGCUGCGUCGUUUUUGCGCGCGGCAAGAGAGAGCGUUUCGUUUCUGCAGCCGACCGCGGUCGCGGCGGGCGGGGCGGGCGGGGCGGGGCUGCGGCGGGCAGCUCUCGGGGGAAGCUCGCGGCGCCGGGGCGCGGAGGAGGUCGCGGCGGAGGCGCAGGGGCCGGCGCGGGGCCCGGCGCCAAGAGACUGCCCUUCAGAGUGGUGUGCAGCAACCUGGAUCCUUGCGUCCAGUGGCAAGAUCUCAAAGACUUCGGCAGGGAAGCGGGGGAGGUGAACUUCACUAACGUCCUGCACGACCAAGACGGCCGUCGCAUCGGCAUCAUCGAGUACUGCACGGAAGAGGCGAUGGCGGUGGCGCUCCGCGAGUUGGAUGGCAAGCGGUUGUUUGAAACUCACGUUGAAGUUCGGCCGGAGCCGGAGAACGCGUCGUACCCGUCCUUCGCUGCAAUUUCCUCGUCUCUGCCCCCGGACGCAAUCGUUCGGCCGUCCUCCCUCCGCACUCCAGGGGGCGCGCGAGCGUUCUCGUCUUCUCGCGUGCGUGGCUUGCACGGCCCCACAUCCUUCCCGGCAGAGGAGGAAGGCAAGCUGUCUUUCGCGGGCGGCAGCAGCAGACCGGGCUUUUCGCGGAGCCGUCAAGGCGGCGGGCGGGCCCCGCGGGUCGCUGCGCCAGGCUCGACGACGGCGGACAGUCACCACGCGUUCGCGCGGCGCUCGCCGUCGCCUGCGGCGUAUUCGCCUCCGCCGUCCGCGGGGCAUAGAGCGGCCUCUGGAUAUGCGCGAGGCGCUGGAAAGGGUCACGGCGGCGGCGCGGGCGCAGAGGAGAGUCUGGGGACGGUCCCGGGCGGGCGGCUGGCCAGGAGACCACUGGGGGGCGGGCACGGCGACGACGAGCCUGUAGAGCGCCAGGGCACCCGUUCCGCGUACCGUGGCGGCCGCGGAGUCGCGGGGCGCGACUCCGCUUUCGAUCUGCCGCCGCAGCCGCGGGCCUUCCUGAACGGAGUCGGCAAAGAGGGCCGCCCAUUCCCUGGCGACCAGGCUCCUUCGUUCUAUCCUCGGGAAGAAGACAAGCUUUGCAGAAAGCGCGAGGGACGCCCGGCUUUGGGCAGCCGCGCCGAGCACGGCCACUCGUCGUCGCAUGCGGCGGCGGAGGAUUCCUACUGGCGUGGCGGGGCGGACGACGAGGUCGGCGCGGAUCGCCACAGAGACCUCCAUCUGGCGCGCGAAGGCCGGCGAGGGAGGGACGAAGGCGGCAGGCAUGAGCUUGUGGCGGCGCAUCGUCGCUGCUACUACGCGGGCGACGCUGCGCCUGGUGGAGGCUUCACAGACGACGAUGAAGUGCAGAGGCGCAUGCAGUCGCGGGGCCGGGGCGAAGAUUUCCAUGGGCACCGGGCGGCGAAGCGCCGGCGAAACGACCUCGAUUCUGUUGCCUCUUCUCCCGGGUUUGGACCUUCGGCCGGCGGGCCUGCAGUGGUCUUGCCGCCUCCCUCCGGCGACGCUCUGCCCCAUCUGCGCGAGUUCUCGGCGGGCGAGAGGCUCCGGGGGGACGACGAGGGUUUCCGCGACCGCGGCAGACGAGAGAGAGAGGACGGAGUGUCAUUCUACGAGGACCAAAUGCACUGGGGCGGACGAGGAGGCGGCGCCAAGGCGGGCGCGGCCGGGGGUGGUCACGGCCCCGCCGCGUUCUUUCCGCGGGAGACAGAGGACCUGGGCCUUCAGAACGGGGACUUCCGGUUUGCGGAGCGAGGCCGAGAGAGGGAGGUCGGCAUGCAGAAACCGUUCUUCGGCAAGGCGCGCGAGGAUCCGCGUGUGCCGCCUGCAGGCAUGGUCGCGGGCGCGCGGGGGCAGCCAAUGAAAGUCGAGGGCAAAGAUGAGGUCGCACUGGCGCAGAGACGCCGGAGGCCGGGAGUCAGCUGCGGCGGCGAGGAGUGGCGACGAGACGAACGCGAGGACGUGGGCGCGCAGUUCCCUCCUUUCCGGCAUCACCACCACCUGGGCGACGAGCGUGGAGGAAGGAGAGACAACGAAGAAGGUCUGCGGAGACGCGGCGCAGAGCUCAGCGACUUCGACAGGCGAGAGGACGGGCCUUUCGCGGACGGAGACCGACGAGAUGCGGGGAUGAAGUAUGACCCGACCUCGCAGCCGCUCUCUCACGCGCCAAGAGGAAAGGGCGGCGAGGCCGGCGCGCCGAGAGAGUUCCAUCCUUCGUUCGCCGCAGAGGCAAGGAAAGCCAGGCACGUGUACGUGCCGCACCCCGACGAGCGCGACGGAUACCUGGGAGUCGACGGCCGGGAAGAUGACGGCGACCGAAGGGGCCGGAGGCCCCGAGAGCCUGCGAGGUCUCCACCGGCGCUCCUUCCCCCUCGCAGGGACAGAGAAGAAGAGGCAAAGAGAAGGCGAGAAGGCCGACCGGGCGAACCUGAGUUCUAUGUCCACGCUGAGAGCGUUCCCCUCGCCCCGCCAGGCGCGAGAAUGGCUGGGGACGAGGAUGGAAGGGGGGGAUCGGGUUUCGGGACCCCGCGGGACAGGCGGUUCGACGACGGCGAGAGGCGAGAGCGAGGCGGCGGACGGGGGGGGCGAGGCUACUUCUAUCCGCCGGGGCCCCCGAUGGAGGCGGGUGGCGAAGCGAGGGAAGCCAAGAAACCGAGGAGGGGCGAUGGAGCCGACAUGGAUGGAGCUCCUUUCGCCCCCGAUUUCCAGAGAGGCCCGCCGGUCCCAGGCGCGCGCGGGGGCAACGAGAGACCUGCGAGGCAGUCGCCCGCGUAUAAGUAUCAUGAGAAAGACAAGGACGACUUCAGAUCUGAAGAGAUCUUCGCUUCACAUGGCGGAGGGGGGCCGCCGUUUGCGCUCCACCACCACGGCUCAGGUGGCGGGAUGCGGCCGAUGAGGCGAAAAGACGAGCGGCACAGUGAGGAGGAUGGCUUAGGAGGCAUGCCGCCUCGCGACUCAUCGCGCAUGCCGCGGCAUCGGCGAGACGCUGAGCAUCCUGGGACCCUCGGGUCGCGCUAUGCGGGCGCCGAGGACCCCCGAAAAGGCUACGUCCCGGCGCCCGGUUCGCUUCCGUUCGGGGGAGGCGGGCGAGCAGGAGGAGGAGGGUCGCGGGCAGACGGGAGCGAAGGAUACGACGGCCGAGAAGCGGAGAGCUUCAGGGCCCAUCGAGGCCGCGACGACGGGGCGCGAGACUACAUGACCCGUGUCAGCCGCCACAGGGAAGAUGCGCAUCGCAUGAUGAACAGGCCCUUCGCGGCGCGGGACGAAGGCAGAAGAGGCGCAGACAGAGGGGGCGACGGGUCGACUGGCUACCGCGACGACGCAGGGCACCACUGA